GGUCCCCGCGCCCGGCCAAUCAGGAGCGAGCAGGUGGCGGGGGGCGGUGAGAAGAUGGCGGCCAGAGGCGGCAGGAACGGGCUGCUCGAUAAGUGGAAGAUUGAUGACAAGCCAGUAAAAAUUGACAAAUGGGAUGGUUCAGCUGUGAAAAAUUCCUUGGAUGACUCUGCCAAAAAGGUUCUGCUGGAGAAGUACAAAUACGUGGAGAACUUCCGGCUGAUCGACGGCCGCCUGCUCAUCUGCACCGUCUCCUGCCUCUUCGCCAUCGUGGCGCUGGUCUGGGACUACCUGCACCCCUUCCCUGAGUCCAAGCCUGUCCUUGCCUUCUGUGUCGUCUCCUAUUUUGUGAUGAUGGGCAUCCUGACCAUCUACACCUCCUACAAGGAGAAGAGCAUUUUCCUGGUAGCUCACAGAAAAGACCCAGCAGGGAUGGACCCUGAUGAUGUUUGGCAGCUCUCCUCCAGUCUCAAACGGUUUGAUGACAAGUACACCCUGAAGCUGACGUUCAUCAGUGGCAAAACCAAGCAGCAGCGGGAGGCAGAGUUCACCAAGUCCAUCGCCAAGUUCUUCGACACCAACGGCACCCUGGUGAUGGAGGCCUACGAGCCCGAGGUGUCCAAGCUCCAUGACAGCCUGGCCCUGGAGAGGAAGGUCAAAUGAUGCCUCCCCACCAGCCCCCCCUGCCUUCUGGGACCUGCUAAAUGACCACCAAUAAAGGCAAGAAGCUAAGAA